AUGUACAAGCGCAACUGCACGGGACCUAGUGUGACGAAGACUUCCACAGACAGGAUUCAUCCGUUCCCGUCCCGCAAUAUAUCUCCAAGACUCCUAUCACAUAGGAACGAUAGGACAGAAGUUAACUCAAACCCUAUGCUACGAACACGUCUUAUAGCAACAGAGGGUGCUCUCAUAGGAAAAUCACCAUGCCUGUCAAACAU